CACCGUCCCUUGGAUACCCGCGACGCGCACAGCCCAUCCGGACACCGCCGCUCCGGUGGGUCGGUGCGUGGGCUAUUCCGCAUCCACUAUGAGGAUAUUAACGAUGAAUACAGUAUUAGUGGUUGUGGAGGCAAUAACGCCGAAUGGAGUCGAGCAUGGUGGACUAAGGGGUCGCCAUGAAUGACAGGUACCACAAGGCGGCCCGGGAUGGCUACCUGGACCUGCUGAAGGAGGCCACUCGCAAGGACCUCAACGCCCCGGAUGAGGAUGGCAUGACCCCGACGCUAUGGGCGGCUUACCACGGCCACCUGGAGGCUCUGCGGCUCAUCGUGGCGAGAGGAGGGAACCCGGACAAGUGCGACAUAUGGGGCAACACGCCGCUCCACCUGGCCGCCGCCAACGGUCACCACAAUUGCCUUUUCUUUUUAGUGUCGUUUGGCGCCAACGUAUGGUGCCUGGACAAUGACUACCACACGCCGCUGGACAUGGCCGCCACCAAGAACCACAUGGACUGCGUCCGCUACCUGGACUCCAUCGCCGCCAAGCAAACGGGCCUCAAUCCCAAGCUGGUCAACAAGCUGAAAGACAGGGCGUUCCGAGACGCCGAACGGCGGAUUAAAGAGUGUGCAAAGAUGCAGAAGAAGCACCACAAGCGCAUGGAGAAGAAGUUCCAAAAGGAGGCGCCCGAAGCGUCCUUGUCGGAUGUGAUGAGCUUUUCCAGUUACAGCAGCGGCUCUGUUAGCCACAAGCUGCACAACCUCAACGCAGCCGCCGUCAGUGUGCCAUAUUCUCAGGCUACCCUUCAUGCCACGAAUCGAGGGAAGACAAAGAUCCAGAAGAAGCUGGAAAAGAAGAAACAAGGAGAUGGGAGCUUUAAGAUCUAUGAGGACGGGAGGAAGAGCGUGCGCUCCCUCUCUGGACUCCAGCUGGGCAACGAUGUCAUGUUCAUCAAACCGGGCACGUAUAUCAACCCCAAGGAAUACGGCCGCCGCAACGUCCGUGACAUGUUCCCCAGAGACGACGACACCAUUUCACGUGCCAUUAGCGAGCCAGACCUUCAUGGGAACUAUGUGGACCACUCAGAGGUCAGCACAGACUCAGGACACGAUUCUCUGUUCAACAGACCUGGUCUGGGCACCAUGGUCUUCAGGAGGAACUACGUGAGCGGGGGGAUGUUUGACCUGAAUGGUCAAGAAGCUGACGAUACAGGCAACACGGUGCGUCUCCGCAGCAGACUGCAUCCUCACCGCAGUCUGGAUGAGGACAGCAUCGGGAGUGCUCGCAGCCUGCAGGAGAGGAACCUCGACGAGCUUCCCUGGGAGGAGGUGGAAUUAGGGCUGGAUGACGACGACGAGGCCCACACCAGCCCAUUGGAGGUCUUCUUGGCCGCACAGAGCAUGAGCGACUUCUUCUCCAUCUUCAGGAGGGAGAAGAUUGACCUGGAAGCGCUGCUGCUGUGCUCCGACCAUGACCUCAAGAGCAUCCACAUCCCUUUAGGACCCAGGAAAAAGAUCUUAGAUGCCUGUCAGAGACGCCUGGAAACCAUCGAGGACCCAGAGUGCAUUGAGGACACUGAACUGUGAGUGCACUUACAACUGUGUGUACAAUGUGGACACCUGCACAAUCUAACAAGGUCCACUACAAACGUGUAUCAUCCUGUCUGGAUCAGUGCAACAGUGUGACACCAUUGCCCAGGUCGUGUUUUGCCUGCAUGUAUAUUUUUGUGUCAUGUGCAUGCAUGCACGUUUUCGAGUACAACUGUAAAACAUUUACUGAAAACGCAUGCAACUGCUACAAAAAAAAAAGAAAUGCAAAUACCUUGUAGCAACAGAGUGACUAAAAUGAAAGUCUGCCGUCUUGGAUCUGCCGGAUUGAGGUCAGGAGAGUCAUAUUUCCAACCCUGACCUGCUUACUUAGCUGCUCUAUGUGUGGACUACAAUUACAUUAUUCAACGGGGGGGGGUCUACAAACAGGCUUUUAAAUGAACAAGUCCGUCUUUAGAACACUCUUCUAGUUGCAGGUCACCCCUUUAGUCAUAACUCAAAGUGACAGCACUUACUCCCAACCAAUCAGCAAAAAAUAUCAUCAUCAUCGUGACAAACUUAAUUAGAUAUCAUUUGGAUGAACUACAUACUGACAAUUUAAAGUCAAACCCUAACACCACCUGCACGCACAAUAGCCUCUUGAACAGAAUUAGUGCACUAACACGGUUACCUUUGAUCCAGCAUUUAUUUCUCUGUGCAUUUCACACAGAAGGGGGCAACUUUUAAGCGCUGUGUGAAGGGGGCUACAGAUAAAGUGUGCAGAGCUUCGGAGGUAGGGUCACACUUCACAAUAAGGUACACAAAAAUACAUUAGUUACUGAGGGACUAAUGCAGAAUUAAUGAAGAACUAAUGAGCAACUAAUGACUAAGGCACAUAAAUUUAGACUAGUUACUGAGGAACUAAUGUGUACAGUAGUUACUGAGGGACUAAUGCAGAAUUAAUGAAGAACUAAUGAGGAACUAAUGACUAAGGCACAUAAAUUUAGACUAGUUACUGAGGAACUAAUGUGUACAGUAGUUACUGAGGGACUAAUGCAGAAUUAAUGAAGAACUAAUGAGGAACUAAUGACUAAGGCACAUAAAUUUAGACUAGUUACUGAGGAACUAAUGAGAAACUAAUGUGAACAGUAGUUACUGGGGGACUAAUGCAGAAUUAAUGAAGAACUAAUGAGCAACUAAUGACUAAGGCACAUAAAUUUAGACUAGCUACUGAGGAACUAAUGUGUACAGUAGUUACUGAGGGACUAAUGCAGAAUUAAUGAAGAACUAAUGAGGAACUAAUGACUAAGGCACAUAAAUUUAGACAAGUUACUGAGGAACUAAUGUGUACAGUAGUUACUGAGGGACUAAUGCAGAAUUAAUGAAGAACUAAUGAGGAACUAAUGACUAAGGCACAUAAAUUUAGACUAGUUACUGAGGAACUAAUGAGAAACUAAUGUGAACAGUAGUUACUGGGGGACUAAUGCAGAAUUAAUGAAGAACUAAUGAGGAACUAAUGACUAAGGCACAUAAAUUUAGACUAGUUACUGAGGAACUAAUGUGUACAGUAGUUACUGAGGGACUAAUGCAGAAUUAAUGAAGCACUAAUGAGGAACUAAUGACUAAGGCACAUAAAUUUAGACUAGUUACUGAGGAACUAAUGUGUACAGUAGUUACUGAGGGACUAAUGCAGAAUUAAUGAAGAACUAAUGAGGAACUAAGGACUAAGGCACAUAAAUUUAGACUAGUUACUGAGGAACUAAUGAGGAACUAAUGUGUACAGUAGUUACUGAGGGACUAAUGCAGAAUUAAUGAAGAACUAAUGACUAAGGCACAUAAAUUUAAAUUAGUUACUGGGGAACUAAUGAAGAACUAAUGUGUACAGUAUUUAUUCAGGAACUAAGGCACAUAAAUUUAGAGUAGUUACUGAGGAACUAAUGAAGAACUAAUGAGUAACUAAUGAGUAGUGGUUAGGGUUAGGGUCAUUCUGUGUACCUUAUUGUAAAGUGUUACCGGAGGUAGUAUCAAAGCCGUAACAGAGGCAGGACGCAGUCUGUGUGUGAGGGAAUUCCACUGACAUUGGUGCACAUUUAUUGCUUUUAUGUUAACAGUGGUUAACUUAUUUUUGCACCUGCGUGACAGUUAUGGACUGGUAAUAAAUAAAUGCUUCAUGAUGGCAACAGUUUGACCCUGGAACAGAUUAUUACUAUAUCUAGGAUUUCCUAUGGCAAAUCUUAUGGUGGGCCUUUGUUCUCUUUGUGUUGUGCAGAUAAUUCAAGUGGAGGUCAGAGCAUCAAUACUUCGUGAAGAGAAAAACAAGACAACUAAAUUAUCAUCCUUAAAGGAAUAUUGGAGGUGACCUAUGCAAAUAUUUAAAGUUGCAUCAUGGUUGAACAAACUUGCUGGGUCAUUGACCACGUUUUUUUUUUUUUUUACCAUGUUUGUCCCAACCAGGCGUCAUGUGCCUGCAUGGCUCGUGCCUGCGCAUUCACUUGACAUGCAUUUUUGCAUGCUCCCCUAUGUUUUUCAUUUCUAUUUGGUGGCCAUGUUUACAUUCAUAGCAGACCUGAUCUGACCCACUCUGGCUCUGAUUUACUAUGGAAACCCUUAUAAUACUUGCAUAUGUGUAGUAGAUGUAUAGUAUGUAGUGCACGUUGAAUCAAUAUUGGUAAAAAUAAUGUCAGCUUUAUCUUUGAACAUUCUCAUCAUGCUCAAGUACAGAUGCCAGUGUUCCUUAUGAUUUGAAUGCUGUAGUAUUUUGAUUAGGAUAUGUCAU